AUGGCGACCCCCCACCCCAAACACACAUACACGCUCUACACCUUCUUCGGGUCCUCCUGCAGCGCGCGCGUCCGCAUCGCCUGCCACCUCAAAUCCAUCCCGCUAACCUACCAAUUCAUCGACCUCCUCACCUCCGGCCAGAACGCGCCCGCCUACGCCGCCCUCAACCCCUCGCAAUUCGUGCCCCUCCUCGUCGUGCACGACGCCACCACGGGCGCCGAAGUCGCCAAGAUCAGCCAGUCCGUCGCCAUCCUGGAGUUUCUGGAGGAGACGGCCACGGGCGUGUUUAACGACGUGCGACUGUUGCCGCCAAGUACGGAGUCGGUGGCGCGCGCCAAAGUGCGCGAGUUGCUCGGCGUGAUCGUCGCGGACACGCAGCCCGUCACGAACCAGAGGGUCGUCAAGUGGAUUGUGCCCCGGGGGGUGGAUGAGUUGGAGUGGCAGGGACAUUUUAUGCGCAAGGGUCUCGAAGCGUACGAGAAAUUGGCGAGGGGGUGCGCGGGGAAAUGGAGUGUGGGCGAUGAGAUCAGUUUGGCGGAUGUGGCGCUCGUGGCGGCCGUGGAUCGCGCGCUGAGGUACAAGGUGGAUGUGCAAAGGGAGUUUCCGACCGUGGCGAGGAUUGAUGAGGCUAUGAGGGAGACGGAGGCGUAUAAGAGAGGAGGGUUUAGGAGUCAGCCUGAUACCCCUGAAGGGAUGAGGGGGGAGGUGAGGCUGUAG